AGCGAGGAAAAAAUGCAGCUCACUUCCUGUCAGGGCUUGGCUUGUCAGAGGUAGAGAACAGCUGUGAUUGGCUGCACAAGCGUGUUCUACUUCCUUUAAAAACAAAAACAGACGGGCUGUGCUGGUAGGCCAAAGCCCGUUGAAACAGGCUGAAGUAAAAUCAGCUGACAGAGUUGCUACAAAGGGACUACAAACGGACAGAAAGCAAACCUGUUAUAAGAAGAAAGAGAAAGGAUUUUUAUGGAAAUGGACCACUGAAUGGAAUCUGGCUCCCAAAAGAUCCACGGACAAGGAAACAGAGGCAGAAUUCCUCAGGAAAGAAAACUGCACAAGCUGUCUGGGUUUGGAUGUGUUUAAAAUCAUAGUGACUGGGAAGAGAAGCUCAUGCCCAACUGUGGGAGUGGGUUCAUUUGUUUAUGUUUGCGACAUACUUCAGACUUCAAACUGAGCAGAACAAAUUUGAAUUAUGGACAAUGGAUAUGCGGUUCUUUCAGAAGACUGCUGUUCAGACACUUGCAAAGUUACAGUCACUGAUGGGCGCGAGUGUUUCAUCUGUCGGGAUGGGGAGGCAACCGAACCCCUGAGGACCUUCUGUGACUGUAAGACUCUUCUGGCCCAUCACAGCUGCCUACUCACCUGGAUUAGCAAGGGUGCUGGCAGUGAUGACCGAUUAAGGUGCAGCGUUUGCAGAGUAGAGUACCAGCUGCAGAGGCGGGCCGUGUGGAGAGCCGUGGCGCUGCAGUGGAAGACCUGGCCCAUCCUGCUCUCGGCCGCAGCGCUGUUCGUCCUGGUGCCCUACCUCGUCUACCGCCUGCUGACCACGUUCCCGAACACCACUCAUCACACGGUCUUCAGGGUGGCAUCCGUCUGCUUCGGCUUGCUCUCCAUCAUCCUCCUGAUCAAGUGUGUGGCGAGCUGCCUGGGCCGCCGCUACCGGCAGGCGCAGCGCUCGGCGUUCAGCCUGCUGCCGCGGCCGGUGGAGAGGGAGGAGGGGGAGCAGGAGGAGAAGAAGAGCGACGCGGCCCGCUCUGCUCCGUGGUGGGGCGGAGUGACCGAAGCCACAGCCGUUGCUCAAGGCUCCCGCACGCCAGAGGGCAAACAGGAGGAGGCCCACGCCAGAGCACCCGGGUUAGGCCUGAAGCUGUGAGAGGGCUUCAGGAGG